AUGGGGUUGCUAUCGCUCGUGAAGCGGAGAAAUGCCGCCGCCAAAAGUGAUGCCCCAGCCGACACCGCCGACGCGCAGCCCGCCGCCCCUGCGGCCGCGGAGCAGCCAUCGCCAGCCGCCGCACCUGCUGAAGGAGCUGACGAUGCGGUAUAUCUGGUGCGCAAGGCGGGCUUAGCGGCGAAGGCGGCGAAGGAACCGGCGAAGGAGGAGGUGGGGGAGGCGGAGCACACAGUGCGCGUGCUGGGGCGCGCGUACGAGAGCGUGCACGAGGCGUACAGCAUGGGGCGCGAGCUGGGGCGCGGGCAGUACGGCGUGAUCCGCGCGUGCGUGGAGAAGGCGACGGGCGUGGCGUGGGCAUGCAAGAGCAUCAGCAAGGCGCGGCUGGCGGGCGCACGCGAGGUGGAGGAUGUGCGGCGGGAGGUGCGCGUGAUGCAGCAGCUGCGCGGCCACCCCGCCAUCGUGGCGCUGCACGCCACCUUGGAAGACGACCAGCAAGUGCAUCUCAUAAUGGAGUGUUGUGAGGGCGGGGAGCUGUUUGACCGCAUUCGCCGGCGCAAGCGCUACCCGGAGGAGGACGCGGCGGUGGUGUGCCGCACGCUGGUGGGCGUGGUGGGGCACCUGCAGCGCCACGGCCUCAUGCACCGCGACCUCAAGCCCGAGAACAUCCUGCUCGUGUCGCCCGCCUCCCACACGCACAUCAAAGUCGUCGACUUCGGCCUCGCCCUCCCCGUGCCCUCCCCGUCCACCCAGGUGCCCUCCCCGUCCACCCAGGUGCCCUCCCCGUCCACCCAGGUGCCCUCCCCGUCCACCCAGGUGCCCUCCCCGUCCACCCAGGUGCCCUCCCCGUCCACCCAGGUGCCCUCCCCGUCCACCCAGGUGCCCUCCCCGUCCACCCAGGUGCCCUCCCCGUCCACCCAGGUGCCCUCCCCGUCCACCCAGGUGCCCUCCCCGUCCACCCAGGUGCCCUCCCCGUCCACCCAGGUGCCCUCCCCGUCCACCCAGGUGCCCUCCCCGUCCACCCAGGUGCCCUCCCCGUCCACCCAAGCGCCCUCCCCGUCCACCCAGGUGCCCUCCCCGUCCACCCAGGUGCCCUCCCAGUCCACCCAGGUGCCCUCCCCGUCCACCCAGGUGCCCUCCCCGUCCACCCAGGUGCCCUCCCCGUCCACCCAGGUGCCCUCCCCGUCCACCCAAGCGCCCUCCCCGUCCACCCAGGUGCCCUCCCCGUCCACCCAGGUGCCCUCCCCGUCCACCCAGGUGCCCUCCCCUGACUUCACACACGCACUCAUCUCGCCUCCUCCUUGCACUCCACUGCCUCCUUGCACUCCACUGGCUCCUCCUUGCACUCCACUGGCUCCUCCUUGCACUCCACUGCCUCCUCCUUGCACUCCACUGCCUCCUCCUUGCACUCCACUGCCUCCUUGCACUCCACUGCCUCCUUGCACUCCACUGCCUCCUUGCACUCCACUGCCUCCUUGCACUCCACUGCCUCCUUGCACUCCACUGCCUCCUUGCACUCCACUGCCUCCUUGCACUCCACUGUCUCCUUGCACUCCACUGCCUCCUUGCACUCCACUGCCUCCUUGCACUCCACUGCCUCCUUGCACUCCACUGCCUCCUUGCACUCCACUGCCUCCUUGCACUCCACUGCCUCCGUCCCUCUCCCGUGGGGCGCUGCUCACUGCACCCCUCCCGUGGGGCGCUGCUCACUGCACCCCUCCCGUGGGGCGCUGCUCACUGCACCCCUCCCGUGGGGCGCUGCUCACUGCACCCCUCCCGUGGGGCGCUGCUCACUGCACCCCUCCCGUGGGGCGCUGCUCACUGCACCCCUCCCGUGGGGCGCUGCUCACUGCACCCCUCCCGUGGGGCGCUGCUCACUGCACCCCUCCCGUGGGGCGCUGCUCACUGCACCCCUCCCGUGGGGCGCUGCUCACUGCACCCCUCCCGUGGGGCGCUGCUCACUGCACCCCUCCCGUGGGGCGCUGCUCACUGCACCCCUCCCGUGGGGCGCUGCUCACUGCACCCCUCCCGUGGGGCGCUGCUCACUGCACCCCUCCUCUGCAUGGCACGGCACGGCACGGGUGGCAUGCGCAUGGCGGGGCGGUGAGGGUGGCAGGGGCGCGGGUGACGGCGAUGGCGGGGAGCAGCUACUACAUGGCGCCGGAGGUGCUGGAGCACUGCUACGGCGCCGAGGCGGACAUGUGGAGUGUGGGCGUCGUGCUCUUCAUCCUGCUCGCCGGCGUGCCGCCCUUCUGGGCUGCCAGCGAGGCCGGCAUCUUCAGCGCCAUCCGGGCGGCGCGUGUGGACGUGUUCAGCGGGGGGUGGGCGGGCAUCUCCCCCGACGCCAAGGACCUCGUGCUGCGCCUGCUCACGCGCGACCCCGCCCGCCGCAUCACCCCCGACAAGGCCCUCUCACACCCCCCUCCCACCCGUCCCUCUGCUCUCUCCUCUUCCCCCUCGCUUGCAGCCCAUCGGUGGUUCAAGUCCGUCACUGCCGGCCCCCCACCCUCCCUUGUGCCCAUCAAGGCCUCCCCGGCAGAUGCUCCCACGCGCGCCCUGUCAGCUGCUGGCCUGCCAGGUGUUCGUCUGGGCGGUAAGCGCGGGUCCAGCACAGCGGGGGCAGGUGGAGAGAGGGCAGGGAAGGGAGGGGAGAGGGACGGUGGUGGCCGGCGCGGUGGGCAGGAAGGAGUGGCGGCGAGCAGGAGUGUGGAGGGCGCGGGCUGGCGGGAGCAGGGGGAGAGAGGGUGCGCGGACGAUGGGCGGGAGUUGGUGCGAGGCAGGGCGGGCAGCAGCGAGGGCAGCGCGGGCCGUGCAGCACGGCUGACACGGCACCGCUCGGAGGAUGUGGCGCGGCUGCUGCGCGGCGCAGGGGGGGCGCGGGAGUGGCAGGGCGGCACGGUGGAGGAGUGGAAGGCGAUGAGGAGAGAGGAGGGGAGAGGCGCGCGGGGCAAUGACAUGAGAAGGGAAAGGGAAGGAGGCGUCGAGAUGAGGGACGAGGAGGGAAGGAGGAGCAAAGGUUGGAGCAUGAGCAGGGAGAGAGGUAGAGCGAGGGAUCAAGAACGGCAUCGGAGUAUGGACAGGGAAUGGGAGCGGGAAAAGCGAGUGGAGAUGGAUAGAGACAGAGGUAGGAACGAGGAGAAAGAGACGAUCAAGGAAGAGGAGAGGAGUAGAGACAGAGUGAGCGAGGGGGAGAGGGAUAGAGACAGGUUCAGGGAGGGGGAGAGGGAUAAGGACAGUGAUGAGGAGGGGGGGAGUGAAAGGGACAGGGUAAGGGACAGGUUCAGGGGGAGGGAUAAAGAGGGCGAUAGAGAGAGGUACCGAUUGCAAGAUGGUGGGAGGGCAUACAGGAGGAGUUUCGAGUUGGAUAAUGAACGGGAGCAAAGAUGGAGAGAGCGUGAGAGAGACAGUGAGAGAAGCAGAGAGUUGGAUAGCGGCAGAGAGUUGGAUAGCGGCCGGGACAGGCGCAGAGAGAGGGAGAAGGAGAGAGAGGAGAUGGGACGGGAGAAGGAUUGGAAAAAGGACGUGAGGGGGGAGAGGGAAAGAGGGAGACGAAAUGAAGGUAGUGGGGCGGAGGUAGGGCGUGGUAGGGAGGAGUGUGGAGGAGGAGUGGGGGAUGGAGGGAGGAACGGGGUGCUGUGGCGAGUGGGCAGUGGCAGCAGGCGGUUGGGGGAGAAGGCACGCGGCGUGGGAGGCGUGGGAGGGGUGGGAGGGGUGGGGGGUGUGCAGCGCCACAAGUCGGAUGUGAGCGGCCUGCUGGCAGCCGAGCACGCCCGGGCCACCCACCACCACGCCCUCUCCCCCUCUCGCCGCUCCCCCCUCUCCCCCUCUCGCCGCUCCCCCCUCUCCCCCUCUCGCCGCUCCCCCCUCUCCCCCUCUCGCCGCUCCCCCCUCUCCCCCUCUCGCCGCUCCCCCCUCUCCCCCUCUCGCCGCUCCCCCCUCUCCCCUUCUCGCCGCUCCCCCCUCUCCCCCCUCUCCAGCCCCGAUGCCCCCUCUGGUGCCGGGCGCGCCCCCCGCUCGCGCCCGUCACGGCGCUCGCACUGGCGCCUGUCGUACGACCUGGACGCCCCGCAUGGCAGCACCGCCACCGCCCAGGGCGGAGCACAUGGGGGGGACGAGGAGGGGGGAGGUGGCGUGGGGGGAAGAGCAGAGAAUGAGUGGGGCAGGGCGAGCGCGCGGAGGAGAGCCAUGCAGCGAUCGCCGUCUCCGGAGCGCGAGAGGGAGGAGCGCAGUGGGGGAGCAGCACACCGACGCACUGGCAGCAGCAGCAGCAGCAGCAGCGGCCACGACCCCACCACCGCUCGCCCCUCACGGGCGUCCCACCCCACUGGGCUGCCCCCUCCCGGCGACCACCACCGGCGCCACCGCAGCUCCGGCGACAUGCUGCCCGACCUCGCCUGCCCCGCCCCCGCCCCCGCCCCUCCCACCCGCACGCCCCCCUGCGCCGCGCCGCGCUCCCUGUCUGGCGGGCGCCCCCCUGACUGCCCCCCGCGCCCGGGGCUGGCUGGCAGCAGAGGCGCGGCCGGCAGGGAGGAGCAGGGCGCGGGUGACAAGGGCGCGGGUGACAAGGGCGCGGGGCGGGAUGGUGCAGGGCGAGUGGGUGAGCGCACACGGCACAGUCGGAGUGCGUCGGUGGGGGUGGCGGGUAUGGGGCGCAGGGAAGGGCGGAGGCAUGGCGAUGGGGAGGAGGGGGAUGAGGAGGACAGGAUUUAUGGGGAUAGGUGGGGGGAAGCAGAGGCAGAGAUGGCAGUGCGCUCGCCGGGGGCAAGGAUAGAGGAAGCAGCAGCGGAUAGGCUGCUGGGCGGGGGUGCGAGUGGGGGUGGUUUGGUUCGGCACCGAUCCAUGGACGUGGCGUCGCUGCUGCACGCCCGCUCUGCUGAUGACGCUGCCUGCCCCUCAUCCCCUGUGCGCCGCGCCCUGUCCCCUGUGCCGGGCCUCAACACAACCAUCAACGCCCUGUCCCCUGUGCCGGGCCUCAACACAUCCACGCGCCGCGCCGAUCCAUCAACGUGCGGGCAGGAGGAGGGAGCACCCAGGCGCCGCCACCGUGCCACCCUGCCCACUCCCCCCCGCGCCCGCUCCCCUCUUCCACCCUCGCCCUGCUCCCCCACCAGCACCACCUCACAGCCCACCUCACAGCCCCCCACACAGCCCCCCUCACAGCCCACCGCACAGCCCCCCUCACAGCCCACCUCACAGCCCCCCUCACAGCCCACCUCACAGCCCCCCUCACAGCCCACCUCACAGCCCCCCUCACAGCCCACCUCACAGCCCCCCUCACAGCCCCCCUCACAGCCCACCUCACAGCCCCCCUCACAGCCCACCGCACAGCCCCCCACACAGCCCCCCACACGCACGCUGCAUGAUAGCCACUCGCCCCACUCACCCUCGCCCACCCACAAUGCCCCCUUUCAUGUGUGCCCGGCUGCCUCUUCCCCUGCCGCCACACCCCCGUCAGCGCUCGCCGCUCUGCCCCCCCAGCGCGCGCGGCGCAGCAGCGUGGACUUGGAUGCGGGGCGGCGCUGCGGGCAAACUGGUGGGCGGCACGAGGCGCAGCGAGGCGCAGAGGUGAGGGAGGUGAGGGAGGCAGCAGAGCAGGACAGCAGCAGAGGCAGCAGCCCGGGUGGGGGCAGUAGCUUCCGCAUGAAGGGCAGCAGGAGCGGGGUGACAGAGGGAGGUGAGAGAGGAGAGGGAGGAGAGGGAGAGGAGCGUGACAGGUGGAGCUCUGGCCAGGCACGGAGAGCAGUGGGCAGUGCAGGGGGGCUUUGGGGGGGAGGUGAAGGACACGGGCACAUGCGCAGCAGCAGUAGCAAGGGGGAGAGCAGAGAGGGUUCAUCGCUGGACCGAGAGGGUGGGGGUGAGUGCAGUGGAUGGGAGGAGGAGAGUUCCGAGGUGCACGGUGGGGAAGAGCAACGGGGGCAGGGACACAGAGCGAGCGGGUGGGGCCUCAAGGCGGUUGAGGCGGCUGAUGGGAGGCGGUGGAGCAAGGGAAGUGCCGGCAGGCUGGCACGGUACCGAUCUGCAGAUGUGUCCUCCCUUCUCCACUGA